AUGGUCACACAAGCACAGAUGAAAGCCGUUUACUACCACAGUCCACGGAACUUCGAAGUUACCAACGUACCCGUUCCUCAAGUCGGAGAUGAUGAGGUCCUGAUCAAGGUGUCCAGCUGCGGCAUAUGCGGUACCGACGCCCAUAUACAUCACGGGGACUUCAUCGCUGCGUUUCCUCUCAUUCCGGGCCAUGAAGUAUGCGGAACUGUGGAAGCAGUGGGCAAAGAUGUCACCGGAUUCGAACAUGGUGAGCGCGUCGUAGCAGACCCAAGUCUGGUCUGCGACAAUUGCUUCUAUUGCCGCAGAGGGCAACCUCUCCUGUGCGAGAACUAUCUCGGACGCGGGUGCAACUUACCAGGCGGUUUCGCCGAAUACGUGAUCUUUCAAGCGAAGAAGGUUUAUCCGAUCCAUAAUCUUUCAGACGAGGAAGCAACUUUGGUCGAGCCCACGGCGUGCGCUAUACAUGGCAUGGACAAGCUCCAAACGACCGUCGGAGUGGAGGUGCUCAUCAUCGGUGCCGGUCCGACCGGCUUAGUACUUGCCCAGCUACUCAAACUGAACGGCGCUUCGCGGGUCGUUAUCGCGGCUAACAAGGGUACCAAGACUGAGCUAGCGCGGAAACUAGGAGCAGGGGACGAACUUAUGGAGUUGGAUAGAGAGAACCCCGACUCUCAAUGGGCUAAGAUCAAGGAAGCGAACCCAUAUGGCUUUGAUAUUGUUGUCGAAGCUACCGGCGUUGAGGGGGUGGCUCAGCAUGCGCUCGACUACGUUCGCCGUGGUGGCAAGCUGCUCGUCUACGGGGUCUACGACAGCUCCGCACUGGUACACUGGUCGCCCUCGAAGAUCUUCGGAGAUGAAAUCAGGAUCAUUGGCUCGUUCGCACAGAUGCACUGCUUCCCACGGGCCAUAGCAUACCUUGAAAGUGGCAAAAUCGACGUGAAAGGCAUGGUCACGGAUGUUUUCAAUUUGGACCAGUAUCAGGAUGCGCUUGACAAGAUGAGCAGCCGAGGCGCGGUGAAGAUCGCGGUGAAACCGUUUUGA